GCCAUGGCUGAUGAAGGCAACCAUGACAACAGCUUCUUGUGGAACGAUGAUCAAUCGUGGACGUUUCCAGUUCUGGCGCCCGUUGAAGACAAUGGCGGGAAGGUACUGAUUGACAGCGGCAGGAUAGUGAUGGACGCCCCCGCCGAGCAAGAGCAGCAGAGGGUGAAUGACAAGGGGAAGAAGAGGGUGAGUGUCUCUGAUGAUCACGACCUGCAUAUACAGAUCGAGAGAGAGAGGAGAAAGAAGAUGAGGGAUAUGUUUGCUAUUCUUCAUGAUUUGAUGCCUCACCUCCAUCCCAGGGCAGACAAAACGAGCAUAGUUGAUGAAGCAGUGGAGUACAUCAAGCAUCUGCGGGUAACUCUGGAGGAUCUGGAAAAGCACAAGGAGAAGAAACUGAAAGGAGAAAAUGAAUCAUCAUCGACAAGCCAGCUAGUAAAUCUGAAUGCUAGUUUCACAACAUUGAGUUAUCCAAAUGUAGUGGUGAGUGUGUGUGGGAUUGAUGCCCAUAUCAAUGUUGUUUGCAGCCCUACAAAGCCCAGGACUAUCACUUAUCUUGUCUUUCUCAUCGACAAGUACAACCUCGACCUUGUCUCUGCUCACGUCUCCUCCGGCAUCUACAUGCUUCACGUCCGUGCAAAUGGAGUUCCGCAGCAGUUCCCAGAGGCGGCACCAUUUCUUGUGGAAGAAACCUACAAGCAAGUUGCAGCUGAGCUCAUUCUUUGGAUUAAUUCGUAA